AUGAGGUUUGGCAAGAAAGAAAAAUUAAGUCCUCAGUAUAUAGAACCCUUCGAGAUCUUAGAAAUAGUUGGAGCAGUGGCAUAUCGUUUGGCACUACCACCGGACCUUUCGAAUAUUCACCCCGUAUUUCAUUUUUCAAUGCUUAAGAAGUAUAACCCAGACCUAUCUCAUGUAAUACAGUAUGAAACCAUCCAGUUGCAAGAUGAUUUAACCUAUGAGGAGCAACCAAUGGCUAUCUUGGAUAGGCAAGUUGAAAAGCUUCGUUCAAAGGAUGUAGCCUCCGUGAAAGUGUUAUGGCAAAACCACACCAGUGAAGAAGUGACGUGGGAAGCCGAGGAGGAGAUGCGGAUAAAAUAUCCACACCUCUUUGAUGCUUAG